AUGGAAAUGUAUCCUCUCCUCCAGAUUCCUUCUCAAAGCACCCAAUGCCUCCAGCUUUUUCAUAUAUCAAAUCCAAGUCCAAGCAAUAUUUUCACGAGUCCAGUUGGUUGUUCCAUUUCAUUUGUUUCAGUUUCCACUGGGAAAAAGUCUGAUGAUGUUAGAGAGAUUAUUGACUUCUCUAAAGAAGUAGCAAAAGCAAUUAAACAAUUAGAUUCCUACAUUUUGGCUUACAGAAACAUUAUAAAGAGAGACAACAACAUGGGAAAAGCCUCGAAUAACUUCUCCUUUCUGAAUCUACUUUUUUCCAUUAUUUUCAUUGCUAAACGUUUGGACUUGUUCAUCAGAAAAGCAGAAGCUGGAGCUAUAGGAGUGAACUAUGGAAUGCUAGGGAACAAUCUACCACCGCCAAACGACGUCGUUGCACUCCUAAAAUCUAAAAACAUCACAAAAGCUCGCCUAUUCAAUCCCAAUAUAGAAGCCCUCCAAGCUUUACAAAACUCCAGCAUUGAAGUAAUCCUCGGAACCCUAAACCAAGAUCUCCAACCACUCUCCACCAGCACAUCAUUCGCCUGGAAUUGGGUUCAAACCAAUGUACUCCCACUCGCCAAAACUGUCCAAUUCCGAUGCAUAUCGGCCGGAAAUGAAGUCAUCCCUAGCGACAUGCAAAACUACGUACUACCAGCCAUGCAAAACCUAAAAACAGCACUGGACCAAGCCCUAGCCGCCGGCUUACUAUUCAGGCGAAUCCCGGUGACCACGGCGGUAGCGACUUCAAUGCUCGGAGUAUCUUAUCCUCCUUCCAUGGGACAAUUCUCCGAUGAAGCGGCAUCCGUGAUGGGACCAAUCGCCAUUUUCUUGGCCACAACACAAAGCCCUCUUUUGCUCAACGUCUACCCUUACUUUGCAUACGUGAGCAAUCCAGUUAAUAUCUCUUUGCCCUAUGCCUUGUUCACAUCUAGUACAGUUGUGGUGAGAGACGGAGCUCACGAGUACAGAAACCUGUUCGAUGCCAUGGUUGACGCCACAUAUUCAGCGCUGGAGAGGAGCGGUGGGGGCGGCGAAUCUGUUGAGAUUGUUGCCUCGGAGAGCGGUUGGCCGUCCGGAGGGAAUGCUGGCGAUGUGUAUGCAACCAUUGCGAAUGCGGAGACUUAUAACAACAAUCUGAUUAGUCAUGUUACUGGGGACACUGGGACGCCCAAGAGGCCCGGCAAGAGUAUUGAGACUUAUGUUUUUGCUAUGUUUAAUGAGAAUCUUAAGCCUGGAGGGACUGAGCAGAACUUUGGGCUGUUUUAUCCGAACCAGAUGGAGGUUUACCCUGUUAAUUUCAUUUAA